CGCAACUUCCACCUUUCCCAUCUUGAGUUACAUAGGUGCUUCAUUGUUUGCAUUUUUUAUCUUUCCCUUGAAUCAGCUUGGCUUGGAUUCCUUCGCCCCUAUUUUUCUUCAGUUUUAUUUUUCCCGGACCACGUUCGUUUCCAGAUUCUGCAAUAGAUUUCAAUGUCUUCUACAGUCUUUGCUUCGUUACAUUAGCUGAUCGACUGAUUGGUUUGAUCUUAAACUGGAUGUUGUCUCCUUCAGUCACCCAGCCAGUACCAUUUGCCGCCUCGUUUUGUGGACAUAUAUCGACUUGGUUUGUGCGCAUAGCAUGCCUGGCAGCUUAUAAAGAGCCUGGCAGUUUAUAAGAUAGUAUAGAAUCAUAAUUCUCUGGUCCUCAUCGGGCCUUCCGCUGCGUCCUCGGCAUCCGUCGCAAUGCUCCUGCCGGCUAGCCUCAUCACACUCACUGCACUGGCCCUUGCCUACGCGCAGACCGUUAGGCCGAACCCAAAGCGCGGUCUCGUCUUCGUCCCCGAGGACGCAACUCCAAGGGACAACUACAUUUGGACGAGGCCGCCGACGACGCUUUCGUGGUACUAUAACUAUGGCCCGGAGCCGUCAGUAGUCUUCAACAACCUGACGCAGGACCAGUUCGAGUUCGUCCCGAUGCUGUGGGGCGUGCCGUCGGACCCCGAGGUGGCUAGGACGGACACUAAAUUUGCAGAAACCGUCAAGGAUGUGAUCAAGAAGCGUGGCGUCAACAUCACGCACGUCAUGGGCUUCAAUGAGCCAGAUAUGGCAGGCGAGGGCAUGUCCAACGUCAGACCAGAUGUCGCGGCGCGUGUCUGGGUCAACAACAUUGUGCCGCUGCAAGAGAUGGGCGUCAAGGCCGGUCUCCCGGCGCCGACGGCAAGCUGGGACGGCAUACCUUGGCUCAGGCAGUUCUUGGGCAACUGUAGCAACAUCAUCAGCGCUGGCGGCGAGAGUAGAAACUGCACUUUUGACUUUGUGCCGAUCCAUUGGUACGGGAACUUUGAGGGUCUGGCAUCCCACAUCGGAACGUAUGCUGCUGCAUUCCCCGGCAAGAAGAUAUGGGUCACCGAGUACAAUGCCGACCAUCAGGACCUGGCAGCAACGCAGGAUUUCUUCAAGCGCUCGCUCGAGUAUAUGGACCGCAUUGACGACGUAGAGCGUUACAGCCUAUUCGGUGCAUUUCGGGCCCCUACCAGUAACGUUGGCCCGAACGGAGCCAUGCUGUCUGCCGGAGGAGAGCUGACUGACAUUGGGGCGUGGUAUCUCGGCAGGGAGGCCAUGGGAGUGGCGCCGUCCAGUACAGUGGGGAGUGCUGCGACAGAGAUCCAAGUGGGAUUGAGAGGAUGGUUCGCCAUGGUAUUUGCUGCAGUGCUCGUGCUGUGAUAGAGCACAUGACGCGGUGCUACAGCUUCGAGCGUGAAGACAAGGACGAUGUUUACUGGGUUUAUGCUUUUAUGACUGGCUUACUUACUGCACUUGUCGAGCAUUGUUCUGUAAAUACAGCAUGAUACACACGGCGUGAUAACGAUGAUUCUAAGAGGCAGCUGUUUACUUUUCAUAGCGAGGUCGCACAUAUUUGGCAUUUGGAUAAUGUUUUGCAAUCUCAACACAAAACUCAAAGCCCA